UAUAGAUUUUAAUUUGAAUUUAGAAAUUUAUUGUACUGUAAAGUUGGGGGCGCUGUAAGUUAUAUAGUAUACUUCACAGUUGUACUCUUAAUUUUAAUUAUCUCUUUGCAUUGAGUUUUUGUGGGAAACUUUAUCGAUAAUAAAACAAAAUGCAUGGACGAGGAGCUUUCUUAGCGUUAGAAGGUUGUGACAAAGUAGGCAAGACGACACAAGUGAAAUUAUUGGUUGAGGCGUUAAAUAACCUUGGCAUUGUUGCCGAAGCCAAAUCCUUUCCAAAUAGAACAACUAAGAUUGGAGAAUUAUUAAACAAAUUUUUAUUAAAAGAAAUUGAAUUACCAUCAGAAGCAGCACAUUUAUUAUUUUCAGCUAAUAGAUGGGAAUGUAGACAAGAUAUUAUAAAAGCUCUUCAAGCUGGUACCACAUUGAUUAUUGAUAGGUAUGCAGCUUCUGGGGCAGCAUAUACAUCAGCUGCUACUGGUAGAAGUUUGACCUGGUGUCAAGAAGUAGAUCGUGGGCUUCCUAGUCCAGACUUGAUAGUUUUUCUGAAAGUUCCAGAACAAAUGCAGAAUUCACAUAUGUGGGAUGGAGAAAGAUAUGACAAUAUGACAUUUCAACAAAAAGUAUCUUCUAACUAUGAUAAACUUAAUGAUGGUACUUGGAAAGUUAUAAAUGGACAACAAGACUUAAAUGUAAUACAUCAAGAAUUGUUACGGAGUACAUUGGACAUUAUUGAACAGGUUAAAAAUCGUCCUAUAAGUUUACUAUAUGAGUCCUGAUCAAUAAAGCAGUGUGAUCAUUAUAAUCAUAUCUUUAAGUUUAUCACGAAUAUUUAGUAUAAAAAGAUUUAAUAUUUUUUCUUAUAAUGUAAUAUAUUCUUUUUGAAACCCUAAAUAAUUAAUAUAUGAUAACUAUAUGAAGU